AUGUAGAAUUUAUCUGGAAUCAGAAUUUAUAAAAAAUAUAAAUAAGAGCUUCUGUUAAAAAUCUUUAUAAUUUCUUAAUUAUUUAAAAGAGUUCCUCAGCAAUUCUUUGCAAGAUCGCAUAAAUUCCAAAUUGGGUCAUGCAAAAACUAUGUUUUGUAGAUUUCAACAUCAAUAGAAAUCAAUAUUUUGUUUUUAUCAGUGGGAAUUCUUAUUAUUACUUGA